ACCUCCCUAACUCCUGUUUUCUGAUCUGAUUGUGUGUAGUAUGGAGUCAGUGGGAGUGAAUCUGAUUGAGACAGCUGCUCUUGGGAGACCGUUCCAGCUCGGCAUGCUGUACGACUGCAGAAAAGAUGAGUUAAUAGCAGGAAUCAGAUUUUGGAAUAAAGAACAGAUGGAGCAGAAUAUUUGUGCUCGUCCCCAGAUUAAUACAAAUUUCACUGUCACAGCUUCAGACUCCAUUAAAGACAAAUCUAAGUUACUAAAUAUUGAAGGAGCACUGAACCUGAGUGUUUUAGGUGGACUCGUCCAGGUUAGUGGAGCAGCAAAGUAUCUCAAAGACACCAAGACGUCUUUCAUCCAGCAGAGACUGACUCUACAUUAUCAUUCAUCCUGCGAGUUUAAAGAACUGACCGUGAAUCAGCUGCCUCCUGAAAACAUUCCUGAUGAUGAUAAUGCCACACAUGUAGUAGCAGGAAUCCUGUAUGGAGCAGAUGCCUGCUUUGUGUUUGACAGACAAGUUUCUUCAGAUGAGGACAAAAGCACAGUAAAAGGAGAAGUUAAAAUGGCUGUAGAGAAACUGAUGGGUAUCAUUUCUGCAGAUGCAAAUGCAAAUGCUGACCUGGACAUGAAUGACAUCGAGAAUACUGAAUUCAAAAACUUCACUUGUACGUUUUAUGGUGACUUCCAGCUGCCGUCUAACCCAACCACUUUUGAAGAUGCGAUGAAGGUUUUUGCUGAUCUUCCAAAUCUUCUGAAAGAUAACCAAAAGCUGGCGGUUCCUCUGAGAGUUUGGCUUUAUCCUCUUCACAAACUUCACUCAAGAGCUUCAAAACUUCAGAAAGACAUCAGCAUGGAUCUAAUCCAAGAAACUGAAUCAGUGAUUGAGAGUUUAAAUACAGCUGAGAUGAAAUGCAGUGAUCUUCUGGAAGACUCUCCUGCUGCAGCUUUUGCUGCAUUUCAUGAUAAAAUACAGCAAAUGAAGCAGAACUGCUACAAGUACAAGUUGAGACUCAUGAAGAAGCUCUGCUCUGUGCUGCCAAACAUCCGUGGAGACGUGAUGAAGGAAACAACACUGAAUGAUCUUCUUCAAGAACACGAAGAAUCUCCAUUCAAUGAUAGUGACCUCACAGAAUGGCUGGAGGAGAGAGAAAGAGAGUCUGAGAUCAUUAAAUCAGUCCUCAGACAGCUGGAGGAUUACGGUGCACAGGUGGAAGACAACAUAGAUGCCAUCAUGAUGGAUCUGGAGGUCGGGAAUCUGGUCAGUUACACGUUCACAUCUCUGGACUGCUCAGACAUCAUCCUUCAGAAACAAAAGAUCUAUCUGAGCUCUUCAACAAAAGAAGAAAAGGUACAGAUAAGCCCUGAUAUCAAGCAAAAGUCUUGGCUCACUGCCAAGAUCCAGAAGACCAUGAGGAGAAACUUGGAGAUAUUUAAGAGCUUGAUUGAUUCAAAGGACUGUAAACCUGCAAAGUUUAUCAUGUCCUCCAAAGAAAUGGUGAAUAAUCCUGGUUCCUGUAUUCUUCUGUAUGAAAGUGAACGUGAAGAAGCUGUGUGCUUUACUCCUCCAUCACAGCCAGUCUGUCCGGUCACUGAAGAGGUCAAAGGUCAGAGUGUGUUCCUGAAGGUGGUUCCUCCAUCAUGUCCUGCUACAGUGGAGCUCAGAUUACUGUAUAAAGUGAAGCAGGACUCAGUCUGGAGAUCUGAAGCUGUGCUGAAGGAUCAACACACAGUUACUCUGACUGAUCUGAGAUCAAGAGCUGAGUAUGAGAUCAAGUGUGCAGCGCUGGGGAAACUCAACUACACCAGAGAGAGUGACGUUAUGCAUGUAAGGAUCAUUGAGAAGAAGCUCAUCACAGCAUUAGACUGUGUCAUUGAUAAUCUGAGCUUCACUGAAAACAAAUGCAGUGAACUGUUGACAGACCCCAGGACAAACACAUUUAGCACAUUUCACAAGAAGAUUGAAGAUAUGAAGCGAUUCUGCCAAGAAUACAGACAAGAUUUCAGUGUUAAAAUGCAGUCGCUGAUCCGGUCAGUUCAAGCAUGUGAAGAAGAGACUUGUGCUUUGACUGAUCUUCUACAAGCUCAUGAGGAGUCUCCAUUUAACACACAGGAUCUCCAGGAGUGGAUCAGAGAGAAAGAGAAAGAGUUAAACACAGUUCAUGAGUUUCUUCAACAAUUACUGGACUCUGGAGCUGAAGUGAAAUUGAGUCUAGACACAGUUUUGUCAGAUAUUAAGGUGGAGAAUGUGGUUUGCUACACGUUUAGUUCCCUUGAGCAGACAGACAAGCUGCUUUCUGAACAAGAACAUUAUCUGAAAGCUCAAACAGUGGAGAUUAAUCCAGGAACAUCUCCUCAAGUUUUGACGUGGCUCACUGGAAACAUAAGAGAGAAAAUGAGAGAACAUUUAUUCGUUUUUAAGGAGCUGAUGACAUCACAUGACGGUCAGUCCACUACAUUUAUUGUUUCCUCACAAGACCACCAAAAUCAUCCUGGUUCCUGUAUUCUGCUUUAUGAACAUGGAUGUGAAGACGCUGUGUGCUUUACUCCUCCAUCACAGCCGGUCUGUCCGGUCACUGAAGAGGUCAAAGGUCAGAGUGUGUUCCUGAAGGUGGUUCCUCCAUCAUGUCCUGCUACAGUGGAGCUCAGAUUACUGUAUAAAGUGAAGCAGGACUCAGUCUGGAGAUCUGAAGCUGUGCUGAAGGAUCAACACACAGUUACUCUGACUGAUCUGAGAUCAGGAGCUGAGUAUGAGAUCAAGUGUGCAGCGCUGGGGAAACUCAACUACACCAGAGAGAGCGACGUGAUCACAGUCUCAGUACAGAGAGAAAACAAGGAGUCUGGAACCACAGAAAUCAGAGCAGAUCAAUAUUUACAACAGGAAAAAACUGAAAGAGGAAAAACAGAGCAUCUGUUUCACAGACUUCAUCUUCAUAUAAAUCACAGACUGAGAGCCACAGAUGUUCUUCAGAUAACUGAGCAUUCAUUACAGUCUCAUGAGUCUUGUGCUGAAGAAGAGCUGAUUCAGACUUACAUUCAGAAACUACUGAUGAUGAACUACAGAGCAAGAUACAUUACAAAUAAAGAGAUCAGUGAACCACAUCACACACAACAAAGAGACAGUGACUCACCUGAAGAUGAGGGAGAUAUUUUUGAAAGCAUGUAUUUAUCGAAUGAAGGAACCAGUCAGUGUGAUCUCAUUCACCCGAUGGAUGUCCAGAUGGCCGUGUUUCAUUGUGCUGAUGCUCUCCUGAAGCAGCUGAUGGUCACUAAACUGUCCCAGUGUCAGUUCGCUCUUCCUCUGCUUGUUCCUGAUCCAUUCACACGACAGAUUGAGUUUCCUCUCUGGACAUUCAGACAAAUCAACAAGAGCUGGAAGAUCAGAAACACCAGCAAUCAGAUCAUCAGUCAAACCCAGCCAACCUACAGAGCACAAACUCCAAUGGUGUUCUUCUUCAGGUUCGGCUCUGUGUCUUCAUCCAAGUCUCAUCUGAUGAACUGUCUGAUCAAUGAGAAACACAACACGUUCUUCCACAGAAACUGUCCCGGCAGCAGCAGAUCCAGAGUCCUGAUGGACGGAGUGGUGGAGAUCUCCUGGUUCUGUCCUUCUGGAUCAAAUGAUGAUAACUUCACUGAGUGUGUAGCAUUCUGUAAUCUACACGGAGAUGCAGGAGAACAUGAGAAACAGCUGGAGAUCCUCACAGACAUGAGCUCAGUCAAUGUUGUUCUUCUGCCACACCUGGACAAGAAUGAUAAAAAUAUGAUAAUACUUCAAAAUCUCUACAAGCACUCUAAGCCACUCAUAUGUGUUCUCACUGAGGAUGAGUCAACCAUCAUUGAGACACGGAAAGGAAAAUACAAGAUCGGUCUGAAAAACAGAAAUCAGUCAGAAGUAUCUGAAGAGCUCAGAAGAGCUAUAAAUGAUUGUCUCUCAGAAUCCUCUCACACUUUCAGACUUGAAGAUGUGUCCAAACACUCAGACAUCAGAGUAGAUGAGGAAGAUGAUGAUGACUGCAGGAGAGGAAGAGCAGCAGCACAGCAGAUGAUGAGUUUACUGAAGAAGAAAGAUCUGACAGAAAUCAAAGAAUCAUUUCUUCCUCAUCAGGGGAAACUGUGGCAUCAGUGGAGUCAGAAGAACAGAGAACUACAUCAACCUCGAGGAGAUGAAGGAGAAAUGGAGAUGAAGAAACUCCGUCAACAGCAGCAUGAAUCUGACAUCAGUGAGUUUAUGAAGAUCUUUAUUAAAGAAAUUAACUCAAAUACUGACCAUAAGAUGUUUUUCCUCAAAUGGCUCAGAAUCCUCCUAGAUGAACAUACAUCAGCUGAUCUUUCUGCUCUACAUCACAAAUAUAAUGAGAAGUGGUCACAAUUAAUAAAACUGAAAGAGAACAAUGAUAAAUCUGAACAUCUCAAAGCUGCACAAACUGAACUUGAGAGAAUAUCUGAGGAUCUUCAGGCUGCAGUCUUUGGUGUGGAGCACAUCAUGAGGGAGAUGGCUCAGAUCUAUGAAUCAUGUUCAUCUGUGCAGAGAAACAAGAAAGACCUGCAGGUUCACUUCUCUUCUCUCCCGAGUCUCGCAGCACAGAUGAUGAUCUCUGGAUCUCCACUGGAGCUGAUGGAUGGAGAUGCUGCUCAUGUUCCUGUGAUCUGGAUCUCUGCUGUUCUAGAUCAACUCGUCCAGAAACUGGGAGACCAGAGAGUCUUUGUGCUGUCAGUUUUAGGGCUUCGAGGCUCUGGGAAAUCCACCAUGAUGAACGCCAUGUUUGGACUCCAGUCUGCUGUCAGUGCUGGAAGAUCAACCAGAGGAGCUUUCAUGCAGCUGAUCAGAGUCUCAGACCAGAUGAAAACACAGAUGAACACUGACUAUAUUCUGGUUAUUGAUACUGAGGGACUUCAUGCUCUAGAACUGUCUGGAAGAUCAACAAGACAUCAUGACCAUGAACUGGCCACAUUUGUUGUAGGUCUUGGAGAUCUGACACUGAUCAACAUCUUUGGAGAAAACCCAUCUGAGAUGCAGGACGUUCUUCAGAUUGUUGUUCAGUUCUUCAUGAGGAUGAAGAAGGUCAGACUGAAUCCCAGCUGUGUGUUUGUGCAUCAGAACGUGUCAGACGUCACAGCUGGAGAGAAAUACAUGGAGAGAAGGAGACGUCUGCUGGAGAAACUGGAUGAGAUGACUAAACUCGCUGCUAAAGAGGAAGACAGUGAUGCUGAGUGUUUCAGUGACGUCAUUAGAUUUGAUGUUCAGAGAGAUGUGAAGUAUUUCUCUCAGCUCUGGGAGGGAAACCCACCGAUGGCUCCAACAAACCCAAACUACUGUGAGAACAUUCAAGACCUGAAGGAAACUAUUAUUACUUAUGUCUCAAAAUCAGAUGGAACGAGGGUGAAAGACUUCAAAGUUUGUAUUAAUGAUCUCUGGGAGGCUUUACUGAAUGAACAAUUUGUCUUCAGAUUCAGAAAUGCUCUGGAGAUCUCAGCUUACAGGAAACUGGAGACAGAAUACAGGAAGUGGUCCUGGAGUCUUCACAGAGCCAUGAUGGAAACUGAGAACAAACUACACAACAGAAUAUUAAAUGAAGCGAUUCAUGAGAUUGAUGAAACUGAUCUUCACAGAGAAGUGAAGAAGACAAGAGAAGAAGUGGAAAAGUCAAUGUCUGAAUUCUUUGAGAAAGACAGAUAUAAAGAUAUACUGAUUCAGUGGAAAACAUCAUUUGAAAUCAAAAUCAGAGAUCUUCAGGAAAACAUUGUGAGAGAAACACAGAGAAGAUUAAAUGAGGUUCUUCAGCAGCGACACCUGAAGAAAAAGAUUGAUGCUCUGAGAAUACAUCAUGAAAACACUCUCUGUGAAAAGAGCACAGAACUCGCCUUAAAACUCAGAGACAGAACAAAUGAUGAAGAAAUAAUGAAGAAAGAGUUUGAUGUGUUCUGGGAACAGUGGAUGAAGAAGAUCAACAGAGACACUCCUGCAAUCAGAGACAUUGAUAUAAUGAGAGACGUGAGAGAAAUACUCAGUAACAGCUAUGAAAGUGUUUCUGUAGAUCACUGGACAGAGAGCAGGGAUAUUUUAUCUGUGCAGAGUUAUUCAGAUUAUGUGAGGGUUAAGAGAUCCAGUGGAAGUACAGGAGCUUUCACAAAUGCCUACAGAUCAGCUAGAGAGGUGUUUGGUUAUAUCCUGUUUUCAGAGGAUGAAUCUCAGAUCAGAUCAUUCGUCACAGAUGUUGUUCAGCAGACAGACAGAAUGAUUCAGUCAUUUAACAUCUCAAAGAAGGGCUACAACAUCAGCUGCCUUCAACAAAUCACAGAUUACAUCAACACAAGAGUAACACAACAUGAGGAAGGACGAGUGAGAUAUGUGUUCAAGAAAGAGUUCUUCAGGGAUUUGGUUCUGUCCAUCUGUGAGAGAGCAAACAAGAAGAUCACUGAGCAACACACACUGUUCAGAGAAGACAAUGAUCCUCUUCUCUAUUUGAAGAAGAAGAGAGAGGAAUACUAUAGUAUUUUCCAGAAAUACUGUCAUGGAGCCACAUCAGCUGCUAUGUUUGUAGAGAUCCUCUGUCAGAAACUGAAAGAGCCGAUUGAACAGAGCGUCUACAAGAAGACUGCCAGAGAUUUAGCUGAUGAAAUAAGAUCAAACUGUGAACCACUGAGUGGAAACAGAUCAAAUCUGGAGAAAUACAUCCUGAAGAGACUGGCAGAAGAAGAGGACUUCAACAAAUACAUGAACUACAUUCGUAAUCCCAGAGAUCACUUCAAGAGUUUCAUCAGAGAUGAAGUCAGUCGGUACAUCACUGAUCAGUUCAGUGUCAGUGUUUUACCCAAGAUGAACAUUAUACUCCUGGAGCAGAAGAUCAUGAGAGCAGCUCAUCAAUCUACUGACCGUGUUCAAGAGAACAGAGAUGAAUCUACUGAAGGUGUUCAAGAGAACAGAGAUGAAUCUACUGAAGGUGUUCAAGAGAACAGAGAUGAAUCUACCGAACGUGUUCAAGAGAACAGAGAUGAAUCUACCGAACGUGUUCAAGAGAACAGAGAUGAAUCUACUGAACGUGUUCAAGAGAACAGAGAUGAAUCUACCGAACGUGUUCAAGAGAACAGAGAUGAAUCUACCGAACGUGUUCAAGAGAACAGAGAUGAAUCUACUGAACGUGUUCAAGAGAACAGAGAUGAAUCUACCGAACGUGUUCAAGAGAACAGAGAUGAAUCUACCGAACGUGUUCAAGAGAACAGAGAUGAAUCUACCGAACGUGUUCAAGAGAACAGAGAUGAAUCUACUGAACGUGUUCAAGAGAACAGAGAUGAAUCUACUGAACGUGUUCAAGAGAAGAGAGGUGAAUCUACUGAAGAUGUUCAAGAGAACAGAGAUGAAUCUACCGAACGUGUUCACGAGAACAGAGGAGAUGUUGGUUUGUGGUUGAAGAGUUUCACACAGCAGAUCUCAGAUGAUCUGAUCUUCUCUGAGGAACACCUCAGUGGAGUCAAUCAUGAUGAUGUUGAUGAUUUCAACCUCCUAGAAGAUGUGAUAAAGAGAGAACUUCCUGCUGUAAUGUCUGAGAUCAGCAGGAGAUUCAACAGAAAGACAUUUGAUGAAAAACUUGACCUCAGGUUCAGACCAGAUGUUCUUCAGAUAGAUCUCUUCUGUCAGUGCUGUUGGGUUCAGUGUCCGUUCUGUGGAGCCACCUGCACCAACACCACAGAAGACCACCCUGGAGAUCACAGUGUUCCCUUCCACAGAAUGACUGGAGUUAAUGGACAUUUCUACAGAGGAACAACAAACUUGUGUAUUAACAUCUGCACAUCAGAUGUAGCAAGUGAUCAAUGUUUUUAUCUCGAUGGAUCAGAUGAUAGAGUCCUCUAUAGAGAGUACAGAAGAGCAGGAGGAGAUUAUGAGAAGUGGAGCAUCACUCCUGAUCUCUCUGAACAGAUCUACUGGAAGUGGUUUGUGUGCAGAUUCCAGAGAGAUCUGGAGAAACAUUAUGAGAAAACAUUUCAGGGGAAGGGAAAGAUACCAUAUACAUGGAGAGAAUAUACAAAACAUGAAGCCCUUGAGAGUUUGGAGAAAAACUUUUAAAAUAUAUAAACUUAUAAAGCAAAACACUUUAAAAACAAUGCUUCAGAGUCUUUUAGCCCUAAUGAAACUUGUUUGAGAGAAAUCAAACUAAUCUAGAAUAAAUAAAAAAAGAUAUGAUAUGAUAUGAAUAUUACAAUAAUGCACUUAGUGAACCAGGAAACUGGUGGUUUAUGUGACGCACUGAUUAGGGAAGAAGUCUUCUACUUUUACUUCCAGGAGAUAACAUGAUCAUAUCAAGCCCAGAAACAAAAGGAAACCGUCAGCUUCUGUUCUGAGCAAACAUGAGCUGCUGAGAUCUUUCAUUGUCCACACGCCUGAGGAACCGAUACAGAAGAAACAGAGCAUUUCAUGCUACAUUAAAUACACUGCUGAGUGUUCAAAUUCUGCAAAAAAGCAUCUGACAAAUGUAUAAAUGUUGCAGAGCGUCCCUGAGCUCAGGAAGUGAGUGUUUACUGACUCUCUCUGAAAGAAACAGUCUUUCUCUCACCUCUGAAGAUGGUCUCACGUCUGAACGGAAAUGAAAGCAUUAAAGCUGCAUUUAUAAUCUUUGUGAUUGUUUCAUGUAUAAAACAAUUUAGGUCAUGUCAAGUCAAAUCAGAAGAUCAUGCUCAUCAUCAUUUCUGUGUUUUAUACUGUAUGAAAACAGAUGACUGUAGUAUUUACUCCAUCAUCAGAAUCACAGAAGAUCUCAUGAUUCAGAUUCACACAGUGACAUGAUGAUCACACAACAAACUAUUCUAUUAUAUUAUAAAACAAGUGAUUUAUUGGAAUGAACAUCUAAACAUUUAUGGAAAAAUGUUAAAAAACGAUUAAUGAAGCAAGCAUGAAUACAAAUAUUACAUCUGUUCUGUUUAACAGA